AGACAGGAAACAAGGAGAAUGGUGGAAAACAGAGGUAAACACAAGGGAUGAGUUGGAGACACCGCUGGCUCAUAACACCUUCGUUAUGUGCAUUUCAGUUUGUACGUAGAAAAUCCUGAGUGGAAAUCAAUUUAACUACUACUACUAAAAUUUUACACUUCGCUGAGGUGGAAAGGUUUGCAUAUCGCAAAAAAAGAAAAAAAUGAAGAUUCCAUAAUUGCUGAGGAAAAAAGAUUUUUGUAUUGCCAUUCACCGUUACAGGACUACACUCCACCAGAGAAACCAAAAACUAAGGACAAUGGGGUAUGCCCACAGUGAGUGUGUCGUCAGUGUUGGGUAUGAUGGCAGGUGUCUUGGCAUCUACCAUGGAAUCAAUUGGUGACUACUACGCUUGUGCUCGCUUGUCUGGCGCCCCUCCUCCACCGACUCAUGCCAUAAACCGAGGUAUUGCAGUGGAGGGCAUCGGCUGCAUCCUGGCUGCACUGUGGGGAACUGGAAAUGGCACCACCUCCUACAGUCAGAACAUUGCUGCACUUGGCAUUACCAAGGUUGGGAGCAGACUGGUCCUCCAGACGGCCGGCAUUCUGAUGAUCGUCUUGGGGAUCUUUGGGAAAUUUGGAGCAGUUUUUAUCACCAUACCAGACCCUGUGAUUGGAGGCAUGUUCCUCGUUAUGUUUGGAAUGAUCGCAGCGGUGGGGAUAUCCAACCUCCAGUAUGUGGACCUUAACUCAUCCCGUAACCUCCUCAUCCUCGGCUUCUCUACCUUCAGCGGUCUUGUUUUACCUACCUGGUUUCACUCCAAUCCCGGCAUCAUUGACACAG